AUGGCAGCUCACCUGAGAAAGACGCCGGAGUUCUCCCUCGCCAGCCUGCCAGCCUGGUUGGUGGGCAGCCCGGACUUCACUUUGGGCCAGCUCUACCUGUUGGUCACUCUCUUCCUGGCGGAGAUGGUGGCCAGCCGCGUGACGGCCUCGCUGCUUUUGCAGGCUUGCGCCUUCCACACCUUGGAAGGCACGCUGGCCCUGGCGGUCCGCUUGAUGGACGCCCGGCUGGGCACGGCCGCCAGCGCUUAUGCCAGCUGGAAGAACACAUUUGGGUGGUCGCGAGCCCCCGUCGCCGGCACCCUGGUCAACGCCGUGUUGCUGAGCGCGUUGUGCCUGGCUCUGCUGGCCGAGGCCCUUCGGAGAAUGGCGGAGCCCCGGCUGACCCAACACCCGCUGGCACUGAUGGGCAUCGGGGCCCUGGCCAUCCCCAUCCAUCUGGCCAGGGAGGUUUUGCCCUGGAAAGUGCCCACUAAGCUGGACGUCGGAGCCUGCUGUAGCAAACAAAGGUUUGGGCCAAUGGGGAAGCAGGAAAUGGAAGCCCUGUCAAUGGAUUGUUGGCUGCUGUACGUGGAUCCCGGGCUGGCGAUGGUGGUUGCCAUGGCCUUCCUGUGGCUGAUCUGGCCCGCCUUGCGGGCCUCGGCCAUGGUCCUCCUCCAAGCCACGCCAGAAGGCCUGGAUCUGUGGCUCCUGGAGAGACGCCUCCAGGCCACGGAGGGCGUGGUGGCCGUGCGGCAGCUGCGCGUCUGGCAGCUGGACGGCUGCGGCCGUUUGGUGGCCACGGCCCACGUGGUGUGUCUCGACGUGGCCGCUUUCGGGCCGGUGAUUCAGAGGGUCAAGGGUGUGUUCUGCGAACACGGCAUCCACGCCGUCACGGUGGAGCCAAACGUGGGGAUGUGCCCGAAUAAGGAAUGUCGGGAAGGGUCCGGACGGGGACCGGCUAAGAGGCAGCUGCGUGCAGAUGCUGCAGAGAUGCUGGAGUUUGAGACCUGUGUAUGA